AAAAUAUGCACCUACCACAGUCUUCCUACCAGACAGACCUCUGGCCACGUGGCAGCUGGGAUAGGCUCCAGCUACAAUAAUGUUACGUCUAACAUGAAAACAGGAACGCUGUAAAAAGAACUAGGACGUUGUAUCCUGAUUUUUUAUUUUUAUUUUUUUUUCUAGCAUAUAUUCUGGAUUUUAUUAACUUUUUUGAUUAUGAUUAAGGAUUUUUAUUUUAAAGGUUUGGUUUUCGAGCUGCUCAUCACGCCAGAAAUCGCACUCCUUUUUUCUUUUUCCUUUGAAAUGAAAGUGAAAGUAUCAAGAGAAACUUUGUGUGGACAUCAGACAACAAGGAGUCCGACAGUGGAGGGCAAGAAUGACGGUUUUAAUCUUGAGGAUACUUUUUUACGUGUAUCUAAGUGCAGGUGUGUGGAGUGUCCAUCAGAUCCAGUGGCUGCCUUGUUACUUCAUUGAUGAGCGUUUGUAUUUGAACAAGGACAACCACACUGAAACCCGGGUCAUCCCCAGAGAGGCUAUACUUCAGUUUGGUCAGAAAGGAGAUGCUCCUGUUAACCCAAACGCCAUCACUUUCCUGGUCACCAGAUCAAAGUUGGAUCUGCUGCAGUAUGUGGAGGGGGUGGAGGCAGAGCAGCUGAAGUGUGAGCUGCACAGAUACAGCACAGAGGGCACUUACAUUCGCUGGCCUGUCCUCGGUGCCCGGGAGUACAACCACUGGUUUACCUGCAUCCUCAGACACAGCAGGGGCCGCUUCGCAGUCGCUGGCUCCCUCAGACACCCCUCUGACCAGCCUCCCCCAGGGCAGCCAGACUACCACAACUGGUCUGUCAUUGCUGACAAAGAGGUACUCACCACCGCAGUCGCCAUGGUCAUCAAAACACAGACUCCCUCAGUUAAAGCACGCCUGAAGUUCCAGCAAAAGCUCCACUGCCAGUUUGAUGUCGACCACAAGGGUGCAAAGGUCACCGUAGAGUGGCAUAGGCACCGCCCUGGUGAGAGGACUGAGCUCUUCAGUUACAACAGGCGCACAGGACAGAGGCGCACAGGACAGACCGAGGGGAGCGGUGUCGGACUACAUGCCCUUGCGGCUGGAGAUGCCUCCUACAUCCUUGCCUCCACCACGAUGAUCAGUGAAGGGACCUACAUUUGUUCAGUGUCCGUGAAUCCACUGUUCGCCAAGGUGGAUAUAUAUCUGCAGAUUCAAGAGUCUCCCCAUGUCUCCCUCAAUGUUGGAACCACCCUGUUAUUGCAGGAGGGCAAGGACUUGAUGGUUAAGUGUGAGGCAAAUGGCUACUACCCUCGGGAUGUGGAGAUAAUUUGGUACGAGGAGGAUCCAGGCACUCCACAUCCCAAGCCACUGAACCAUAGUGUUCUGUUCAGCCACAAAGAAAAUAGGGACAUGACCUUCUCGCUGUCAGGUGUUUUCUACCUCCAGGCUGCGCUCAGGGACUCUGGGAAAAAGUUCACAUGCAGCGUCUCCCAUCAGUCCCUGAAAGUGCCCAUCACAAAGAGCUUCACCCUGAUUGUGGAAGAGCCAGCCAACUGGAUUUUGUACCUCGUUGUGGGCUCUGUUGUGAUCCUGCUGUUGUAUGUGAAGCGGCGCUACCUGCACUCAGUGUGGAGAAGGUUGGUGCAGGUAAGGUGAUAUAAAAACAAGAAAACAAACAAAAAAGGGAAUGGGAAGCACCUUGAGAUGACUGUUGUUUUGGUGUUGUAUAAAUAGAAUAGAAUUGAACUGAAUUGAACUGAACUGAAUUGAAUUGAAAUGAAUUGAAUUGAAUUGAAUUGAAUUGAAGUGAACUGAAAUGAAGAAAGGAAGAGGUUGUGGCCACAGACUGAAUAAGGGAGGUGAGCUGCUAAAUGAGUCUUGCUUCAGAGUCUUCACAGAUCCAUCGACGGACUGAGGGCUGGUGAACUCCUGCAUUCCAUGUGUGACAGUGAGGCAGUGCAUUACAACUCUGCUUAAAAUGAUGGGUUACCAGCUAGUGAACUGGUUGACUUGAACAAGUGUUGUAUUUUAUUUUAUUUUUCUUUGUUAAAAUUCAUAGUAAACAUUACAGUUUUGUUUGGGUCAUUAAAUUUCAGGGCUUUUUAAGAGAGGCUCUUUUUUUAGUUUGCAAAAGGGCAAAAGCUUGAUGGCUUAUGAAGAGUUCUUCAUGUUUUAGUAAUUUAGAUAACUGUGAUUUAGACAUCCAAUGAAAAUCAAUCACGGCUCUGUUGGCAAAUAGGGUAAAAUGCAAAGUUUUCUGAAGUACUAACAAAUAAGUAGUCACUUUUUAUUCCAGUUUAUGCUCCACAGAUUACUCUUUGGGAUUCAGGAUGUUAUCCUGUAUACUCAGGACUCUUUCAAAUAUUAUGUGAAUCAGAGCUGAAAACUGAGGAUCUGAAUUCAGUGAUCCUGAUGAUGGCUUCAAAGAAAUAUACAGGGAGAUACCAGCUCACAGCUAUUUUAGAACGGACGGUCAGUUGUAAUAACACUGGACUGAUGUUAGAUUGUACUGAUGGAAGCCUAUUUAAUUCAAGAGCAUGGAUAUAUUGUAUUUUUAUAUUUUUGUAGUGCAUUUGAUGACAUCGGACAUCUUUUUGUAAUGAAAACUUUGCACUACUUUGGAUUUGGAAAGAAGCUUGAACACACAAUCCAUAAACUCCAAAUUCAGUUGCACAAAGGCAUUAACAUUUUUAACCACAUUUCUUUUCUUUGUAAAACAAAAUUUGUUUACUAAAUUAAAAUUACAUUAUCUAUGUCUUAAAUCACUUUGAAACAUUGGAAAAGAGAAUGCUGCAUAGGUUAAACUGGACAAACCAUCCUUCUUAAAAAAAAAACUUAUCCCACUGCCUUCAAGAUGGAUGGAUAAAGAAUACAUUGUGUACUCUGAGACUUCUCCUGAACUCAGACAGCUCAGCAUAGUAGCAAUUAACUUUUGUGAUGAUAAAUGUACAAAAGGUUUUCAGAAGCAUUCAGUUGCAGAAAGUCUAAUCUUCUUCUAUUUUGAAGGAAUUUGAGGCUGAGGAGGUUCGUCUAACAAGGAGUAAGCAUAUUUCACUUCCUCUUCCUCCCAAAGGGAAAGAGGUGAAAUUCAAAAUUGUAAAUGAAAGUUACCAUCAAAAUAAUCCUUCAGGCUUAAGUUGGUUUAACUUGGAUAUGACCACCUGAGUAUUCUGUGAAGAUGAUAUAGAAAGUGUGGAUCGUCUACUUUUUCCACACUGAAUCACUGCAGGCUUUCUGGAAUCACAGGAGGAUCUGGUUACAGUCCAACAGGAUUCAAUAAAACAAUAUGGAAUAUUUUUUGAGACUUUGGUAUCAGGACUCUUUUUUUCUUUAGGAACUUUUUUUAUGCUUAUGCGUUUUUCACGUUUAUUAAUAUUUUUAAUAUUUAUUGUAUUUGAUAUGUCUCUUGAUAUGUCUCCUAAACACUCAGCCUUUGUAUAAUUUAUUUUUGUUUGGUGGACAGCGCCUCAUCUGUUUGUAUUGCUAUUGUUCAUUAAUAAAAUUGGGUGGAAAAGUU